GGAGGGGGCCCCCGGAAGUGACGUGGGGGCCCCCCCGCUGGCAGGGGCGGGGGCAACCAUGGCCGAGCUGUAUGUCAAACCGGGGAACAAGGAGCGAGGCUGGAACGACCCCCCUCAGCUGUCCUACGGCCUGCAGACCCAAGGCGGGGGGCCCAAGCGGCCUGCCCUCACCAGGAGAGUGGCCGCCCCCCAGGACGGAGCCCCCACAGUCCCCGCCAACGAGCAGGGCCCUAGGACUUCACUGAGGGGGUCCCCCGCCCCUCCAGCCACGCCGCCGGGACCCCCGCCCUGCGAAGGCCCCUCCCCGCUGAGGACGGGCCCGACCGGCUCCCCGGCCUGUGAGAGCGAAGCGGCGUUGGAGGAUGUGCUGGAGCCCCUACAGCAGGUCCUGGCCGCCUGCCGGGCGCACACGCGGAAACAGGUCAGCGACGACAUCAGCCGGCGGUUGGAGCUGCUCCGGGAGCAGUGGGAGAGCGGGAAACUGUCGGCGCCCGUGAAGAAACGGAUGGUGCUGCUGGUUGAAGAGCUGCAGGCCGACCACUGGGACAAGGCGGACGACAUCCACCGCUCGCUGAUGGUGGACCACGUGGCCGAGGUCAGCCAGUGGAUGGUGGGCGUCAAGCGGCUGAUCGCCGAGAGGAGGAGCGUGGCCGUGGCCGCUGAGGAGAAGGAAGGGGGCGAGGUGGCCGUGGCCCCCGGCCGGUAACGGCCACCCGUGACCACGGACCGUCUCUCCCGCCCUGGGGCCUGACCGGACGGGCCCGAUCUGGUUCGGCCCUGGGGUGAAAUCGGGCCCGGACUGCACGAGGACACGGAUCGACUAGGAACCCGUAAUAAAAAUGUUUUCUUCCAUG